GCGAUUUUAUUGUUGACAGCUGAGUGUUACACGAAACAGAGCAAAAGCAAAACACACAACCUGUUUUAAAAUAAAACAAAACGACCAGCUCAUAUCGAAUUAACCGGAGCGACUACCCGUGAUCAGGGCCAAGGUGGGAGGACUGUCUCACAGACUGUCUUCUUGUGCGGCGCCGUGCAAAUGCUGCACGGUGUUGAAGACCGAGGUAACCCGCUGGCAGCCGUAGCAGCUAGCUAGCAGAGCUCGCCGAUGCAUCGGAUCGGGAUCACAGUUUAGCCCUCAAGAGGCGCGUCGAUCGCAAGGUAACCGAGAUCUUCGACCCCUCUGCCUCCCCGGGGGAUUUUCUCCCUUUUUCCGUUGAGGUUUUAGGUCCUCCUUGCCUGGGGUGCGGUACAGAGUUUUAGGUCUUCCACAUUUCCCCCAGCGUCAACCGGCCUCCCAAUGCCUUCUGAGUGAGGCUACAGCUUCACCUAUCAACCUCCACGCCAGCUGCUUGCUCCCCAUCAUCGACUGUGUGGGGGAGAGUGAGGGAGGGAGGGACGGAGGAGGCGGAGGGUUUACCAUGGCGACCAAAGUGGGGGACGACCCAGAUUCCCUGAUCGCACUCUCCACGGAUUAUUGCCUGCGGAACCUGAGCCGGACCAUGUGCUGCACAGGCGACAAGGGCGUUCUCCGCCUGCGACCGGACGUGUUCCUGCCCAGCGAGAUCUGCGACAAGCUCGUCAACGCGUACAUGGAUUUAGUGCACACGGACAGCGACUUUGAGGGCCACGAUGGCUUUUUCCAGCUCUUCUCGGACCCUCGCAGCACCAGGCUCUCCCGGGUCCACCUGAGGGAGGACACCGUGUUGGAUCAGGACCUGCAGGCCAUUGCCAAGCAGGACCUCAUUGAGCUGCACCUGACCAACUGCAACAACCUAUCGGCCCACAGCCUGAAAACGCUGUCUGACUUCAGGCACACGCUGGUCUCCCUCAGCCUCUUCGGCUGCAGCAACAUCUUCCACAGGAAGGCCAUGGACUUCAGUUUCCAGGGCUUCAACCGACUGCGGCUGCUCAACCUGGGCUGCCUGCCCCCGGAUGUGGAUGUGGAGGCCCUUCUGAGCCCCCUGACUUCCCUCACCGCCCUUGACCUCUCGGGCCUCCAGCUCCCCAGACCAGCCUUCUUGGCCCAGUGGAGGGACCGUCUGACCUCGCUAGUGCUGUACAACGUGGAGCUCUGCGAGGAGGUGUUCCACACCGUGCUGCAGAUGGACCAGAUCCGGCACCUGGACAUAUCGCGCGAGAGCCGACGAAGCGGCAAGUUCAAGCUGACCAGGAAGCUGCUGACGGCCAUCGUGCAGAGCCUCACCCACCUGGCGUCGCUGGACAUCUCGGGCCACGUCAUGCUGGACAACUGCGCCGCCCCCCCCUUCGAGGAGGCUGUGGGACGCCCUAGCACUGAUCCCAGUAAAAGCAGCAUCUACCCGCUGCGUGAGCUGAAGAGACCGCUGCAGUUCCUGGGCCUCUAUGACACCACGCUCUGUAACCUGACGCACAUCCCCGCCUAUAAGGUUACCGGCGGCAAAAACGAGGAGCAGAUCCUGAACGCCAUCGAGGCCUACACAGAGUUCCGGCCAGAGCUGGCGCACCGAGCCAUCAACCAGCUGUUUGACAUCGCCAGGAUACAGCACUGCGGCCAGCUGCUCCGGGCACUGCAGCUGGUGAUCGCAGCCCUGAAGUGCCACAAGUACGACAAGAGCAUCCAGGUGACGGGCAGCGCCGCGCUCUUCUACCUGACCAACACGGAGUACCGCUGCGACCAGAGCAUCCGGCUGCGCAGGGAGGUCAUCCAGGUGGUGCUGAACGGGAUGGAGCAGUACCAGGAGGUCACGGUCCAGCGGAACUGCUGCCUGACACUGUGUAACUUCAGCAUCCCCGAGGAACUGGAGUUCCAGUACCGGAGGGUCAACCAGCUGCUCCUGCGCAUCCUGGAGCCGACGCGGCAGGACGAGUCCAUCCAGCGCAUCGCUGUGCACCUCUGCAACGCCCUGGUCUGCCAGGUGGACAAUGACCACAAAGAGGCAGUGGGCAAGAUGGGCUUCGUCAAGACUAUGCUUAACUUGAUACAGAAGAAGCUUCUGGAUAAACUGUGUGAUCAGGUGAUGGAGUUCUCCUGGAGCGCCCUGUGGAACAUCACGGACGAGACACCAGAUAACUGUCGGAUGUUCCUGGAGCGUAGCGGCAUGGAUCUUUUCCUGGAGUGCCUAAAGGAGUUCCCUGACAAGCAGGAGCUGCACCGCAAUAUGCUGGGCCUGCUGGGUAACGUGGCGGAGGUGAAGGCGCUCCGGCCGCAGCUGAUGACGCCGCAGUUCAUCACAGUAUUCAGCAACCUGCUGGACAGCAAGGCAGACGGCAUCGAGGUGUCGUACAAUGCCUGCGGCGUGCUCUCCCACAUCAUGUUCGACGGGCCCGACGCCUGGACCAUGGACGAGCCCCAGCGGGAGGAGGUCAUGGAUAGGAUGUGGGACGCCAUCCGGAGCUGGGAUGUCAGCUCGCGCAGGAACAUCAACUACAGGUCUUUCGAGCCAAUCCUUCGUUUGCUGCCUCAGAGCAUUGCUCCUGUCAGCCAGCAUUGGGCCACCUGGGCCUUGUAUAACCUGGUGUCUGUUUACCCGAGUAAGUACUGCCCCCUCUUGAUUAAGGAGGGUGGGAUGAAUCUCUUGCUGAGUGUACUGGAACUGCCUAGUUCUCAUGAGGAGACAAAGGACAUGGCAAGGAAGGUCAUGGAGCACUGUGGGAACUUCAAAGAGGACCCCAUGGAGACCGGGCGGUAAACGGCACAGGAGGAGGACAACACUAGGAGAUGUGAAAAAGUGGUUAUAGAGAUGGAUGGUUUUUGUUUUCUUCACACCAGAGGUAACCGUGUGCAUCCAUUUAGUGUAACGGGUGGAUGGGGGGAACUUCAGCUUCUCCACCAAUCCUUUUCGGGAGGAACAUUUCAGUGUAAUGACUGAACAGAGAUGUGGCACGUGGGAAUUAUUUUUUUCGUUUGUGGUAUUGCACAUGAUAAGCUUUACUUGUACAAGUUAAAUGGUUUCGUUAAGUUCUUUUUUUUUAAUUUCGUUUUUGCGUGUCUUCAAAACACAUGAGAAGUGUCUGCUAAUGGACAGCUAGAGAAGCUUUCAGAGCGAUUCUCCUCACUGAGAGUCUGUAAGCUUGGCUUCCAGACGGCUAUCUGCUGUCAAAGGACUCGGUCGCCCCGUUUUGUCCUUUUCUGAUUGUUGCGGCCCCCUGAAGUGGAUUUCAAUCCCGAAAGGUUCUGUUACGAUCCCUAGCCUCUGGAGCCACCGGAUGCAGGGGGCCUUGGAAUGUGCGGAGUCAUGAUGUUGCUCCUCCUGUUGGGCUGUUCUUUUGUGUGUGUCGCCCCCUUGUGGGGCCACCAGCACGUCUUUGAGUGACAGGAAGUCUUCCCUGGUGCCAUGGAGCUUAUCAAGCAAGGAAGAUUGAUGUUCGAUAUCUGUCUGCUUUGUAUCUAGUCAAAGUAAACAUCUCCACAUUGUUCUCUUAUUUUUCCCACUUUUUGUUGUUCUAACAUGAUUCGAAAUGGUGUGACUGUGUGUGUGUGUGUGUGUGUGUGUGUGUGUGUGUGUGUGUGUGUGUGUGUGUGCACGCUUGUCCUCGCACGUCCUGCCAUGAUGAUGCAUAAAAAACACACUCCUGAGAAAGUAGAAGACAAUGGUUCCAGUUAAGUAUUCAACAUUACCUGUUGAUAUCAUUUUUAUAUAACCCCCCCCCCCCACCUUAAACAAGGGUUUUAUUUUUGUUUAUUUGACUUAAAGCUUAUUUAUAUUUUAGAAAUUGGAAGUAGAGAGUCAGACCCUCUAAUGAUAAUAGAAAAGCUGAGUGUAGUGAAAUCCUAAGGGUUUCGGUUGCAAUAUAUAACAAUAAUAAUUAUUAGUGUCAGACUUUUCUACGCAAAUGAACUUAAUUGUUUAUGGCUAAUAGUACACAAUUAAAAUAUGGAGUUCUGAAGAUAAUCUUUUUGCUCAAAAGGAAAAGCAGUUUAUUAUGGUGGAUUCAUGUGUUUAGUAGAAACUUGAACUAAAGUGUUUCAAAGUCAUGCCAGCCAUUAUCAGUGAUUUCCAGGUGAUUUAAUUUUAACAAGAAAUGCAUCGCAAAAUGUCCAAAAUCAUGUGCGAAAGCUAUCCUUUCUCUCAAAACGUGCGUGUCAGAGCCAGUUAACAAAAUGCUGCAAUAACGACUAUGCUAAGCAUUUAAUGUAUAUUUUUGAAACCGUAGUUCUCAAAGUUGGUUGUGUAGAGCACAGACCAGGCAUCGGAAGGGUUUGUGUCCCUCUAAUGGGGGCACGUUAAUUCCCGUUAGCCUCUGUACCUGUUUUUGUGAAUAACUGCUAGGGAUUUAGGGGUAAAAAUUUCAUGUUUUGAUGUGUGAGCAGGCUCUCCUCCUCCAUCCUGCCAUUCCCAUAUGUCCUCCAAUUGGUCUAAUUUGGAUUCAAAAAUAAAGUGUCUGUGAUUCCCUUAUUAAAUUAGUUUGUCCAAGACAGAAUUUUAUGGACUUGCAGUCCAUUUUGAAUGUCUGUUUUAGUAUGUAUGUGUAUGUAUGACAGCUGAGGGAUAUUAUAGCUCUAUUCAUGUGAGUUAUGGUGGUGUUCUUGUGACACUCUCUCUCCCAGCCAUACCAGGGUUUUACAUUAAUGUUUCUUAGUAUGAAUGUUGGCUUCAGCGUCAGGAUUUCCGAGCUAAAUAUGCGGUGCCAGUCAGAGUGAGACACUAAGCAGUGGGUGAAAAAUGUCUCCUCUUUUUUAAAUUCUAAAGGAUUACCCAUCUUAGCCGAACGAAGCAAGCAGGAUCUAAUGUUCUCACCUUAUUCUCACACCAUUUCUCGCUGUCAAGUUGAAACACUCAGGGUGUGUGUGCGCGUGUGUGUGUGUGUGUGUGAGAGAGAGAAAGAGAGAGAGAGAGAGUUUGUAGGGGUAUAUGGGAAAAAAUAAUAGUUAUUAGAAUCAAUAGUUUCUCUGAAUGUUGGCUUACCAUGACAAAAAACUUUAGUUCUGUUUAAAUGGGGGGGAUGAUUAGUGUACUGGUUUCAUUCUCUCACUUAUUUACCACUUUGAUUGGUUAAAAUAAAUAAAAGUUGCAGUGACUGUGUUUUA